CAUGGGGGCGAUGGGUGGUGAUAGUGGUGAUGGUUAUGAACGAGAGCCGCAGCGAUGCUUCUCGUCCGAGUGAGAUUUGUUUAGGCCUCGUCGUGUCAGAACGUCUCUACGACGCUGGCUUCAUCCUUCCGCUUGGUGACAUCCCCUCCUCCUCGCAAGCACGAUGGAGCAUCGUUUCGCUGGUGGCUUGACUUCUAAGAUGGGUCAACUGGAGCUGCUGCUGCCGCUGCUGCAACGGGGGACGCGCUGGACAAUGGAGGGGACGACGACGAAGGGGACGAGUCAUCGUCUUCCCGCCAGCUACACAUGCCUAACCUUACAGUAAUUGACGGGCUUGCCAGCUUCAUUAUUACGACAAUCUUCACGGGGGAAGGGGGGGGGGGGGGUACAUGCCACUGUUUGGAGCAGCUGGUUUUUGCCGUAAGAGAGGUUGUUUUUUCUGGCUUGCGAUUGAGGCUCGUCGCAUGUUCCUCUCAAGUUGUCGUCGUCGUCGUCGCGGCUAUCUGCGUCGUGGUGAGCCUGCUUCAGCUGGGUUCGCUCGGGGCAGCAUGUGCUCCGAGAGAGAGCUGCGGCGUAACUGCUAGUUGGGUGCUCUCCUUUGGUUGUGGUUGGUGUCGCGAGCUAUGUUAGUGCCAGGUAAGUGGGGUACAGCUGUGGAUCGAUAGUUUGCUUCACGGGGUUCAGGGGGGUGUAAGUGCUUGGCUUCGAAGUAGAAGCGUGAGCUGCAGCGGCUGUGGUAAAGCGGUAGUGGUGACUUAAAAAGGAGGAAGUUGCUAGGAGUGACCCACGCAUAGAAGUUGAAGCUUCUGCAGCUUCACGCCACAGGGUUCUGUUGAAGCGCAGAAGUGUGAUUUGAAGCCUACAUUAAUCUUCAGGAUUAUGAAGGAUCGAGGCAUGGCAGUUCAAAUGUGUCGUAAUUGCAAGAAGUUGGAUUCCUGUAGGUCAAGCAUUUCAUGACAAUCUUGCAGCUCCAACCCUACUCAGCUAUCUUGUUAGACCGCUGCCGAUCUUUAGAAAUGGGGAAUAAGAACCAUGACGGGAAGUCGAGCAUGGCCAAGGUCGCAACCUGUGUCGUGGUGGUCCUAUUUUUCGUGUCCGCGGCAGGCCAGGACUUAGCAGCUGACACAAGAGCUCUCAUCACCUUCAGAAACGUGUUCGACCCCAGAGGCACCAAAUUGAACUGGACUAACACGACCUCAACCUGCCGCUGGAAUGGCGUAGUCUGCUCCCGUGACCGAGUUACGCAGAUCCGUUUGCCGGGUGAUGGGCUCACGGGCAUCAUACCGCCUGAGAGUUUGAGCUUGCUCUCGGAGCUUCGGGUUGUAAGCCUGCGCAACAAUCACCUGACGGGCCCGUUUCCAGGCGAGCUAGGAAAUUGCAACCAUGUGCACGCACUCUAUCUCGGGGGCAACGACUUCUACGGGCCUGUACCAAAUCUCACCGGAUUCUGGCCGCGACUCACUCAUUUGAGCUUGGAAUACAAUAGGUUCAACGGGACGAUACCGGAUUCAAUUGGCCUCUUCUCGCAUCUGUACUUGCUGAACCUCCGUAAUAACUCGUUCUCCGGAACCAUUCCACCCCUCAACCUAGUGAAUUUGACGUUAUUCGAUGUUGCCUACAACAAUCUGUCUGGACCGGUGCCCUCAAGUUUGUCCAGAUUCGGAGCGGCUCCUCUGCUAGGCAAUCCAGGCUUGUGCGGUUUCCCUCUCGCAUCUGCGUGCCCGGUAGUGGUUUCGCCAAGCCCGAGCCCCAUCACUGGACCAGAGGCAGGAACAACUGGGAAGCGGAAGCUUUUGUCGUCAGCUGCCAUAACAGCCAUUAUUGUCGGUGGCGUUGCAUUGCUGGUGCUCUUCAUCAUAGGACUCUUCGUGUGUUUUUGGAAGCGACUCACGGGAUGGCGGAGUUCGACGAGAACUGAAGGACGAGAAAAAGCCCGUGAGAAGGCACGCGACAAGGGGGCGGAGGAGCGUGGAGAAGAGUACUCCAGCUCGGUUGCAGGGGAUUUGGAACGCAACAAGUUAGUUUUCUUCGAAGGGAAAAGGUACUCGUUUGAUCUAGAGGACUUGCUGCGUGCGUCUGCAGAGGUGCUCGGCAAGGGCAGCGUGGGGACCGCUUACAAGGCGGUCUUGGAAGACGGGACUAUCCUGGCGGUGAAGAGGUUGAAAGAUGUGACCACCGGCAGGAAGGACUUUGAAGCACAAGUUGACGUGGUAGGAAAGCUGCAGCACCGAAAUCUGGUGCCCCUCCGCGCUUACUACUUCUCCAAGGAUGAAAAGCUGCUAGUGUAUGACUACAUGCCGAUGGGCAGCCUUUCUGCUCUUCUACAUGGCAACCGAGGUAGCAGUCGUACACCUUUGGAUUGGGUGACCAGAGUAAGAAUUGCGCUUGGAGCUGCAAGAGGACUUGAGUAUCUACACUCUCAAGGAGGAUCCAGAUUCGUGCAUGGGAAUAUUAAGUCGUCCAACAUUCUUCUCAACAGAGAAUUGGAAGCUUGCAUUUCAGACUUCGGACUGGCGCAAUUGUUAAGCUCUGCAGCCGCUGCCUCCAGGAUUGUCGGUUACCGAGCGCCUGAGAUAUCCGAGACUCGCAAAGUGACACAAAAGUCGGACGUCUAUAGUUUUGGAGUGCUACUGCUUGAGCUUCUAACUGGGAAGGCACCGACUCAAGUGUCGUUGAACGACGAAGGCAUCGACUUACCCAGGUGGGUGCAAUCCGUGGUUCGGGAAGAAUGGACCGCGGAAGUUUUCGACCUGGAGCUCAUGCGCUACCAGAAUAUCGAAGAAGAAAUGGUGGCCAUGUUGCAAGUUGCAAUGCAAUGUGUUGACGCUGUUCCCGAUCGACGUCCAAAGAUGACCGACGUGCUCUCACUUCUGGAGGAUGUGCAUCCAUUUUCCUCCGACACUGGCGACGAGGCGUCUCGUCAAUCUGAGAGCAUUUCUGAGGAGAAGUCCAAGAGCAGCGAGAAAGACAAGGACUCGGUGGAAAACACUCCGUCCUACAAUCAGACGCCGUCAGCUCCGUCCUCUGACUCCCACAAUCCGUCUGAGCACACUGUUUCGUAGAAUUGUUUACUAACAAUCAAUGAUUUUCUGCGUUUUCCUUUGGUCAUGCCUGUGUCAUCGAGACUCUUUGCUGAAUUGCUUCUAGUAUCCAUUCAUAUGUUGAUCAGAUAGACAUAAUGUGGACUUCUGUAGCGAUUAUGUGAUCUGAUCAACAAGAUUUGAGCCAUUUUUCCCCGAGUGUUUGGUAUCUUGGGACAAUGUGACAAGUUGGUUGAAUUAAAUCUAAGGUUGUGUUAAAUCUCCUA